GACAAAACUAUAUUAUAAACACCGUGAAUCACGUGACAUAACACAAUCCAGCUGAAACUGGAUGACAGCUGAUCGUUGCUUAUCUAAGGAUUCAUAGAAGAGUAUUGACUUUGUGGUUAACAAUGGAGAGUUCACAAGAAGAUGUUGAAAACCUUAACAGCAGUUGUAGUUGCCAUGAAGUUGGGUUGCACAACCCACACAGGCUACCACGCCCACCUGACGAGUCCGUAAACAAGAGGACAAAUGUGGACACAGACUCACAAGUAUCUGAUGAUUCCGAUGUGGAAAUGAAAAUAAGCAAGUCACCGUCUUUCUUUGAUAGUCCCAGCAGACUGUUACUGAAUGGACAAGUUAUUGUCCCAAAGUUCUCUCCUCAACGGGUCAGUGGCAAUGAUACUGCACGGCUGGGCCAAUCACAGGGCACUAUUGGCAUCCAGAGGCGCGCAGGCCUUGUUCAAAAUGACCUUGUGUGGAUUGGCAGUUCACAGAACACAAUGCACAUGAUGAAUCAAGUGCCUAUACACAAACUGUCCAAGUCAGGAUCAAGGAUUAGCACAAAUGAUAUUAAACGGUCCCCUAGUAACUUGUCUAAACAGUUGUCAAGCUGUCGAUACAGCUCGCUGACCAUGUCAGACACUGGGACAGACUUGUGGUUGAUCUGCCGGAUCUGUCAGAUGCCAGACUGUGAGAAGGACCCGCUCAUCACUCCUUGUCGGUGCUCCGGCUCAAUGAGAUACAUCCACACUUCAUGUCUCAAGAAAUGGAUGCGCAUUUCACAGCGUAGAACCAGAAAGCAACCUCCACGGUGCGAACUGUGUCACUACCAGUUCAUGAGGCAUAAACAGUUCAAGUUCAGUCAGUGGAAGUGGCCGAGGGUGCGACGUCGAGAUAAAUGCCUGCACAUCGUAUUCCUACUCAACCUUCUCAUCAUGAUAGGCUGUGCCAUAGCAACCGUCAUGUGUUUCCUCUCGGACCGUGACAGCGCCACCAAAUUCCCGAAAAACAAGGCAAAACUCACGACAGAGGAAGUGAUCACUCUCACGUGCGGAGUCAUGUUCUUUGUCGCGUUUUUCAUCGCUAUGACUGUGGAGAUUAAGGCCCGCCACACGUUGUACAAGCUUUUUCUUAGAUUUCUGACGCACAACACAGAGUGGACCGUUGAACAGUAUGACCCCUCCCAUGAUCCGCUGUUUAAACAUAGGAUGCCUGCAUGUCAAGUGUAAAAUUGUGUGUGAUUGUAAAAUAUUUGUUUAUUUAUAAAAGGAAUCUGUUGAUCCGAUAGAUGUGUGCAGAACAAAUUUAUAUAUUCUUAACUGUUAAAUUAAGUUGUUAACAAAGUUUGUCUCCUUAAAGCAGUCAUAUUGACAUCUAUGGAUUGCAUAAAGAUUGUACCAAAACAGGAUUAUAUUUUAUUUCAUAAAGUAUGCCUGAUGAUUUAUCUCCAUUUUAAAGCUUUAUCAGCUUGUAGAUAUGUAUUUUUGGAAGAUGUUUAUAAUAUAGUAAUGUAGUAAUAAAUGUGUAUGUUUGGGCACUUCAUGUUUUCUUUCAAUUUCAUACCACAUGUUGUCAUGUGUACAUAGUUUGCACUUGAACCAUUAUUUGUUUGUAUUAAAGGUAUUGACAUGUACUCACUCAAUACAUGCUGACCCAAUUAUGCCUUACAUAUUUGUUUUCAUUUUGAAAACGUUAUUUGUAAAUUUCUUUUUUCUAGAAUGAAAGUGUAUAAGAUUUGCUUUAAAUCACCAUUACCUAUAUUUACCUUUAGUUAAAGAAAUAUUUUAUACAUUAAGUAAGUAAAUCAAACUAAUACUUAUUUAAUAAAGAUUUACUAGAUAGAUACAUGUAUUUGGAACCUGUAAGCUUUUGAGAUUGCUAGUGGAACUAUAUGACUGAAAAUAUAUUUGCUAAGAUAGGGCAUUUAGUACAAAUAGUUCUUUCAGAUUUUGUUGUUAGUGUUUAAAUGGGUUCAUUACCAUGUAAUGGUUGUUAUUUUUUGGAAUUGUAUGAUAUUUCUAUAGAGUUUAUUCCAUUUCGAGAUGUUUAUUUUCGAUGUAUUUAUGUUCAAUUCUCAGUGUUUUAUAACUCACUUUUAUAUAUGCUGCUGUUGUAGAAAAGCAUACAGAACAAUCUGCUUAAGCCUGUUCUAGUUAGUAAUGCCUAUUCUAGAUAGUCCGUCAUGUAUGCCUAUUCUAGAUAGUCUGUCAUGUAGGCCUAUUCUAGAUAGUCUGUCAUGUAUGCCUAUUCUAGAUAGUCUGUCAUGUAUGCCUAUUCUAGAUGGACUAUCAUGUAGGCCUAUUCUAGAUAGUCUGUCAUGUAUGCCUAUUCUAGAUAGUCUGUCAUGUAUGCCUAUUCUAGAUAGUCUGUCAUGUACGCCUAAUCUAGAUGGACUAUCAUGUACGCCUAAUCUAGAUGGACUAUCAUGUACGCCUAAUCUAGAUAAUCUAUCAUGUUUGCCCUAUUCUAGAUAGUAUAUCAUGUACACCUAUUCUAGAUAGUCUAUGAUUAUUGCCUAUUCUAAGUAGUACACCGCCUAGUCGUCUGGCCUAUAUAAUUGUUCUUAGUUUUUAUUUGCACCAUAGUUUGACUACAUAAAGUUACAAAAUGUUUGACUUGGGCUAAACUCUUAUCAAAGUCUUCAUGUCACGUUUAUAAAAAAUAUCUAGAUUUGCUUUUAUCAUCUUAGUAAAAGUUGGCAUGUGUGUGAAGAAAUUGUCAUACUACUAUACUUGUACUGUAUCAGUACUCUUUUCCAAUGAUGAUGUUUAUUUUUCACAUCUGUUUAUCAUUUUUAUUUCAUUAUUACCAUUUCUUUUCAAUGAACAAUCUUGGUGGAGACAUGUUUGAAUGAUUAAAAAAAAAAGAGAUAUAUAAUUGGAAUAAAAAAUGAUAAUGGAAAUUAUUUUGUUAAUAAAAAACAAGUUUGAGAGUUAAUGGCAAGAUCAUCAUUUGAUUAUGAAGUUGUAUUCAGUUUUUGAUGAUUCAUAAUUUUAAAAUCAGAAAGCCCUACUGACACUAUAUUUCAUUCUAUUUACCUCGGGCUAAAGUAUUAUUGCUUGUUUGACACAACAUUCUAAAUAGCUUUACAGUAGCUUAGGAUGCAAUGUACUUUGCUAUAUGCUAAGCUUUGGUAUAAGUACACUAUUUCAACAGUACUUGUACAUCAGUUUUCUGAUGUAAGCACAUUUAAAAUUUACAUAUAUGCAAGCUUAGUUGAUACACAUGUAUACACAUUUUAAAUUUAAAACCUUUGCACAAGUAGAAUUGGUAUUUGUAUGUAAAAAUAAACCACUACUAGAAAUGUCUUGUGAAGCAUUUUCAUUAACUAUUCAUUAUUUAUUUGUAUAUGUAUACCUUCAAAUUUUGAACCAAUGUCUAUUGUUUGCUUAAAUCAAGAUCAGCUAAUUCCAUCCAUGACAUUCAAGACUUUUGUUCAUACAUGUUUAUGUACAAUGUAUUCUAGAGAAAAACAAAUAUACUUCAAAUCUUUAGACAUGUUUUAAUGUCUUCAGAGAUUUGGAAAUAUAAUUGAGCAACUUCAAUAGUUUCUAUAUAACCACUUCUGAUAUAUAUCUUGAUGAGGAAAUAUUAAGGAGGUAGUCUUUUAUAUUGUUCCAUUUUUUUCUGAAAACUCUUCUUGCAGAAGCCAUCUAUGUCUCAACUCAAGUUCUGUCUAUUACUUUUAGACCUGAUUUAGUCCUAAAUGUAAAACAUUAUUUUUCUUCUUAUAAAACUUAUGUUUUUGUAUCGACAAUUAAACUGGUGUGUAGGUAUUUCAUGUUGAACAUGUAACUUUACCUAUGUAUGUUUCUCACUAUUGUAACUAUGGUAGUUAUUAUUCUGUGUUCAUCAUUUAUCUUUGAGACCAGGUCAGGAAGUAUAAUAUCUGUCAUAUUGAUCCUAUAUCAACCAACCAUGCUCCUGUCACAGUGUUCUGAUGGCUGUUCAAUUUAAACUCACAACCAACCCCAGGAGGGCACUUUCAAAAUAUAGAAUAUCUCUCCAAAUAUCUUUUCUUAUAGAAUAUCUCUGUUUAUAGAAUAUAUCUCUAUAUAGGAUAUCUCUCCUUAUAGAAUAUCUCUCCUCAAAGAAUAUAUCUCCUUAGAAGCUCCUUAUUUUGUUUUGCUAGGUGCGUUGUAUGUUGAAAUAGAACAGAAAAAAUUAUGUUCCCAUUUUUUAAGCUGUCUUGCUGACUGUGAACAAAAUUGAAUAGUCCCAUUAAAGUAGUUUUGAGUGGGGUCAAUGAUACAGUGCUUCUACAGGUCUGGGCUGGUAUUCAUAAAGGAUCUUAAGUCAUUUCCUUACUUAAGGCACUUUCAUUAUUGAAGUAUGUCAUUGGUCAGAUGGUAUGAAUAACUUGAUUAGAUCUAAAAUGCAUUAUUUUUAUUCACUUUUUGAAAAAAGAAAUUAUUUUAGUGAUAAAGCAUUCAUACAUUUGUUUUAAAAUACCUAUGUUAAUUUUAAGAAAUCAACUUAAAGUUACGAAAUGACUUAAGAAAUUUUAGGAAUAUGGCAUAAUUGGCCCUGGUUAUUCCAAGCUAGUUGUACAGUUUAAAGUGCUAUAAUCAAUAUACACUGGAGCCAUUGUUGGCAAAUGCUUGUCUUUAAGUCUAGUUGUGCUAUCUUUUGUUGUUUUACUAAGUUCAUAAGUGCUUUUGUUUCUACUGUUGCAGUUUGAUGCAUGGUAAAUACUCUUUUGUUACUAUGGUUUAUUGUGAUAAUUCAUUUCAUGUUUUGUUUGUAGCUGUAGUUUUAAUUUAGCUUUGCGAAAACAAAUUGUAAAUACAGAUUAUUGACUGGACUUUCUCAAUUUCAAAGAAUUUCUUUAUUGAAUCUUAUUCAUCUGUCAGUGUCAAAUCGUAAGUGUCAAAACCACAUAAAGAAUAUAGUAGCUUUAACAUGGAAAAAAUAUUGAUCACCUGCGUUCAGGGAAGUUUAGUCAACCACAUUUAAAAAGGAAUGUUCACACAUGCUUUAUUGGAAAUCUAUUUAGAUUUGAUCAAUAAAUAUUUGUGUGUGUUUUUACCUUAAUUACUCACAUAUGUUGAGUUAAGUAUUUUAUUAAGAUUUUAUCUGUUUUUGUUCGUAAGAAUUGUUGGAAUUAUGCACCUUUUCCCCCUGAAAACAAUGACAGAGAAACUUGGAUGUUCCUUUUACAGUACUCUUUUGUUAGAUUAAACCAGUUGAAUAAUAACAUUAUUGUCAUCCAGGUCUUUCCUUGUCAAACAGGAUUUUCACUGAUACCAUCUGGUCACUGUGAUCAAAAUUAAUGCCUAUUAUAAGCACAUUGUAUCAACAUUAUAAGACAUAAUAUUUAAGCAAAAAAUAACGAUUUUACUACACAUGAAGUUUGUAAAUAGAUAUUUUAGAUUCACCAUAUAUUAAAUUGUUUAAAAAAGAUCAUUAUGUCUCCCCCUCUCUGGGGGAGACAUAUUGUUUUUGCCCUGUCCGUCAGUCCGGUAGUCCGGUAGUCCGGUAGUCCGUCAGUCCGUCAGUCCGUCAGUCCGUCCGUACGUCACACUUCGUUUCCGAUCGAUAACUGGAAAACCGCAUGACCUAGGAUCACCAAACUUGGUAGGGAGGUUGGUCAUGAGGUGUAGAAGAUCCCUAUUGUUUUUGGGGUCACUAGGUCAAAGGUCAAGGUCGCGGCGACCCCCAAUGUAAAAAACAUUUCCGCUCAAUAUCUUGACAAUGGUUUGACCUAGGUUCACCAAACUUGGUAGGGAGGUUGGUCAUGAGGUGUUGAAGAUCCCUAUUGUUUUUGUGGUCACUAGGUCAAAGGUCAAGGUCGCGGCGACCCCCAAUGUAAAAAACAUUUCCGCUCAAUAUCUUGAGAAUGGUUUGACCUAGGUUCACCAAACUUGGUAGGGAGGUUGGUCGUGAGGUGUAGAGGAUCCCUAUUGUUUUUGGGGUCACUAGGUCAAAGGUCAAGGUCGCGGCGACCCCCAAUGUAAAAAACAUUUCCGCUCAAUAUCUUGAGAAUGGUUUGACCUAGGUUCACCAAACUUGGUAGGGAGGUUGGUCGUGAGGUGUAGAGGAUCCCUAUUGUUUUUGGGGUCACUAGGUCAAAGGUCAAGGUCGCGGCGACCCCCAAUGUAAAAAACAUUUCCGCUCAAUAUCUUGAGAAUGGUUUGACCUAGGUUCACCAAACUUGGUAGGGAGGUUGGUCGUGAGGUGUAGAGGAUCCCUAUUGUUUUUGGGGUCACUAGGUCAAAGGUCAAGGUCGCGGCGACCCCCAAUAUAAAAAACAUUUCUGCUCAAAAUCUUGAGAACGGUUUGACCUAGGUUCACCAAACUUGGUAGGGAGGUUGGUCAUGAGGUGUAGAAGAUCCCUAUUGUUUUUGGGGUCACUAGGUCAAAGGUCAAGGUCGCGGCGACCCCCAAUGUAAAAAACAUUUCCGCUCAAUAUCUUGAGAAUGGUUUGACCUAGGUUCACCAAACUUGGUAGGGAGGUUGAUCAUGAGGUUUAGAAAACUACUAUAUUAUGGGGGGUCACAAAGUCAAAGGUCAAGGUCGCUGUGACCUCUAAUGUAAAAAAAUAUUUCCGUGCAAUAUCAGGAGAAUGCUUUGAUCUAGGUUCACCAAACUUUGAAGUGAGGUUGGUCAUGAUGUCUAGUUGAUUUUGCAAUCAGUUGGUCAAAGGUCAAGGUCACUGACCUUGAGGUGAAGAACCGGUUUCUGCUCAAUAACUCAAGAACGUUUACACCCAGGAACUUCAUACUUGGUAUGCCAGUUAGUCAUUACUAGUUGAUGGCCCCUAUUGAUUUUGGGAUCCAUCAUUGAUUAUUUCUCACCUACGACCACACAAUGGGGGAGACAUGCGCUUUUUCGAAAAAGCAAUCUCUAGUUGUUUUGCCAUUUUUUUAUAUUAGUGCAAAUAGUCAACAAAUAUCGAGGUGACAACACUUUCACAGGCAUAAUAUUCUUGGUUUACAGUUUCAAAAUAUUACCUGGCGUAUUUCUAUGAUAUCUCUUUUGAACAACUUUUUUCCUGGCUGUCUUGUGUUUAUAACUUCGACUAUUCACUAGCAUUGCAUUAUGAACAAAAAUCAACUCUGUACUUUACAUGUGAUUAUUGUGAUAUAUUUGUGUGAAAUGCAUAAUGACCUUGAAUCUUGCUUUUAUUUGAAAAUUAUUCUAGAUAAUAGCUCUAUUUUGCAUCUUAAUAGUUGUUUGUUCAGCGAAGAGCAAGGUGGAGCUGUAGUUGAAUUCAUUAAUUGGCAUUUGUACCAUUCCUAAAUGAACAUAAAUUAUUAACAGUUUGCUUACAAACAUUUUACUGCUACUAUUUAAUGACAUUUGUUAUAGUACAAACAAACUAUUCACAUUUGUAGAAAUAGGACUGUGGAAAGGAAACUUUUGAAAUCAAUGCUCAAAUCAGGCUCCCUUUGUAAAAUACUCAAAACAGUAAUACUAAAAUAAAGGCUCACUUAGCUCUAGAAAAGUGCUAUGACAUCCAUUGUCAGCUGGCAGACAAACGAUUUCUGUAGAUUCCAAGUUAUUCAGUAGAUGAUGUUCUAAAACAGACCGACCUGCAUUAGGUAUUGUUUGAAUUGUGCUAUGAUACCUUAAAUUAUUAAAAAUUUUCUUUGUAAAUGUUUUUUCUGAGUUAAUAAUCAUAGUAGGAUUGUUUAACAAGGUUGAAAGGACACAUGGGUACUUUGGAGUGGAUAUUAUGUAUGACAACUGUACAAAAUUUCAUAUUAAAUUAUUGUAACCCAGUUAAUCUGAACUUAACCCGAACUUAUUCAGCAAAUAAUCUCUUUACAGUUAGCACUAAAUUUGAAUCAUGCGUGAUGGAAUACAUGCCAUUGAGACUCAGACAGUUAUUCAGUUUUGUUAAUUUAUUUCAUUUGUAAGAUGUGUAGGCAUAUAAGUAAAUGCGUAGGCACAAAUGUACAUAAAUUUGCUUCUUGUUGGAUAUUAUAUGCUUGUGUUGAAUUUAUUUUCUUUUUGUAUUCAAAUAAAUCGGAUAAACGCA